AUGGAUAGUAUUGUUAAGGAGUUAAGUAUAAGUAAUAAAAAUAUAAUUCCAACUGCCUGGCCUGACCUAUUCACGGUCGUAGUCCACACAAGUUGGUUAAAAAAAUGGUUAAAAAACGUUGAUGUUGAAAACACAUUGAAUAAUGCAGAUUUCACAUUACAACCUGGUGAAAGUGUGCCUUAUCCUUGGCGUAAAAUAUUUAUAAGGGUACUAAAUAAAAAGGUAUCCAAGGUGCUUCCUCUACCUCGUUACAAGCUCAACGAAAACAACAAUGAGACACCUCUUACAUUUUCUCAGCUUCUGCAAUAUGUCUCUCAAAGUAACCAUAGAAGUUUAUGGAAGGAAUCUUAUAAGAAAUAUUGUCAAAACAAUGAUAAUAACAAGGAAAGUACCAUAGUAAAUUUACUAGAACAUGAUCAGUUGGUGUCUGAAGUGUUGCUGCGUAUUUAUGGAUGUAAUAUAAUUAGAAUCAAGGGUGAUGGAGCAGGAAAACCCUUAGAUGUGAUACCUAAUAAGAAUAUAUUAAAAAUAUAUGAAACUCAUGGUAAUUUAUUAUCAGCAUUGUUUACCUUAGAAACAGACAGUAACUUCUUUAUAAUAUACUCGAGGCAUUUUGAAAAUACAUUAUUAGAUUGUUUAAAUUUCAGUCCAAAUUUAAUAGAUAUGAAUUACUGCCGAGGUUUAUUCCUACUAUAUCAGUUACUGAAUCUAUCAAAAGCAAUGAGUGAUAGAGGCUUAAGCUUGGGCAUGCUGACAUUACAAGAUAUUUAUUUGUCAGAAAAUUUGUGGCUCCAAGUGAUACCUUUAAUAACAAAUAAUGUACACUGCUUAGAUGCCUCACUGAUAUUUGAACAGAAUAGAUCUAGGGCUGCUUCCACAACAAAUACACAAGUUAAGAGAGGAGAGGAGUGUUCGAGAAAGAAUGUAGUUGAACUAGAGAAGCUGUGUAUGUUGUGGACAAGAGGCAGGAUAUCCAACUUGGACUACCUUUUGCACUUGAAUAUGCUCACAGGCAGAAGUAACAAUGAUCCACAAGCGCAUUUCAUGGUACCAUGGGUUACGGAUUUCUCAUACCGCUGUGGCCGAAACUGGCGUGACUUAAGUAAAUCAAAGUACCGUCUAAACAAAGGAGACAGACAAUUGGAUAUGACGUAUGACGUCAGUAGUAGCAAUGAUCAGACACCGCAUCAUGUGUCUGACGCACUGUCAGAUAUUACUUGUUACGUGUACCUGGCCAGACGAAUGCCUAAAGAAGUUCUCUGUAAGUAUGUCCGAAACAAGUGGGUACCUGCGGAGUAUCCGGCUUCAAUACAGCGGAUGCAAGAGUGGACGCCAGAUGAAUGCAUACCUGAGUUCUACACUGAUCCUACAGUUUUCAAAAGUAUACACGAAGACUUGCCUGACCUAGGAAUACCUUCAUGGGCGACAUGCGUCGAAGAUUUUAUUACUAAACAUAGAGAGGCGCUAGAAAGCAGUCAUGUUUCUGAUAAUCUACACCAUUGGAUAGAUAUAACUUUUGGAUACAAGCUAUCAGGCUCGGCAUCUAUAAAAGCAAAAAACGUAUGCCUCUCUUUGGUCGAUGGACACACUAAAAUACGACGCGGUGGCCCUGUCCAGUUAUUCACGGCACCGCAUCCGCCUCGGUCAGCUCGGGCGUUACCACCUUCGCCACCUAGACUACACUGGACGGCGCCUAAAGAUGCUAAAAAAUCCAUAAAAAAUGAUAGCUCAGAAGAAAUAUCAGAUGAAGAAGAGGAGUCUACAAGCCUUCCUCAACACGUUUCACGAUUAAGCGUACCACCUCAAAGAGUUAGAUCCCGGCAUAAGAGUAGCAGUAGAACUCGUUCAUUGUCAAAAGGCUUAGGUGCUGAAGAUGUACAACCUUCUUCUAGUGAAGGGAGGGCACCUUCCGUUCCACGACACUACAGAGUCCAAAGAUCAGAAUUAGGCAAAGGCGUCAUAUACCUCCCAAAAGAAUUCAAUCCAGUAGCAUCCAUUCAAGCUUUAGAAGCCUUAGACAAUUUCCGUACCAAAUGUUUCUUUAGCAAAGCAGCUGAUAGAGAAAAAUACAAAGAAAAUGUUUCUACACUCAAUUUAUACCCCGUUCAACAGGAAAUCAAAGACAACAUAUCUAAAGAAGUAUCAGACGAAACAGCUUUCACUAAUCACAUGUUCUUAGCAUCAUACGAUCAGAGUUACUUAAAGAAAUUCACCCAAGAUGUACAUUUAGAAACUGUAUUAAAAGAGAGAAAGAACAGAUCUUUCAAUAAUAGAUAUACUACUGAUGCUUCGGUUUAUAACCAAUUCGUAACAGAGAGUCGAAGGCAAGACAUGCUAGUAAUAGGAUGUUUGAUAGUAGAAAUAUUUUUGCAUACAUACAUGCGACCGUUAAGAAUGGCCAAUGGAAAUUUCUUAGAAAGAUACAAUAACUGUAGAAUAGUAUUAAAACAUAAUUUUAACAUUUUGCCGAAAAGUGUAGGCUACAUAGCUUCCUUGCUUCUAAAUGUUCAACCACCAAGCUUGAGUGCGAAAUAUGAACUAAGUCCUAAGAAGGAAGAGCACGUGAAAAAGAUUGUAGUGACGGACAAGGGUCUGCCUGCACCCACACCUGCGCAAUUACUGCAACCUUUAUUGAUGCAGCAUUUGAUACCAUUUCCCCCAAGGUUUAAUAUAUUAUAUAAAUUGUUGAAUACUUUACACGAGUAUGAACUAACAAGCAAUGAGCUCAACAUACUUUACAUGUACGAAUGCGAUGGAAUACAAUGUGAAAAGUACCAAAACGUAGACAAAACUAAGUUAUAUUUCAGUCAAAAGAUAGCUGAAGGCAAAAUCCAAGCUUGCGUUACUCAUUUAGACGUAUUACUGAAUCAAGUCAAUUGUUACAAUCAGUUCGACGUUUUGGAUAUUUUUUUAUCACAUUAUAUAGAGUUACUUUGUUGUAAAGAUACUUCAGUAUUAGCCGCUUGGUACUUAUUCGACACUGUUAGUAAAGCCCUCGGUCCAGAUCAGACGAAAAAGAAACUACUUAAACAUAUACUGAAUCUUUAUGACGACGACGACUUUGCUAUCGAUAAACCAGAUCAACACAAACUAACAGAUAUAGAUUCUCUAACUGUUACCAAUGUAACCAACAAACAGAAGUUCGUUAAACUAUACCAUAAUAUAUUUUUACUACAGUUAAUGGUUAGACUUGAUCUCCAAUGUUUCUUGGACAACUUUACUCAGCAUUUAGUCGAAGCUGUUGGUGGCUACAAAGAUACAACUGCAGAAGUCGGUUCCCCUGGCCACUUGUGUCAUAAUAAAGCUUUAUUAAACAAGAAGCCACGAUAUUCCGACGAUAAUGUGAAAAAUGCUUUGUCAAGUAAUACAGACAUAUUUUCUCCUGAUACGUCUUAUGGGUCUGAGCAUGUAACUACUCCAAUUGUUGAGAAAACCAGCAGCGAAGUAAAAGAAAGAGACAUUGAUAAUAGAAGCGAAAACGAAUUGUUUCAUUUCGAAACAGAUAAAGAUAGACUGCCUAGUCGUAGUAGCCGAAGCAAGUCACCUGCAGAAUCUAUAGACUCGUACUCGUCUAGUACCGUGCAAGAUAAUAAUUUACAUACACCUUCACCUUCCAAGGAUCACGUAUCACCGAUAUCGACAAAACAUUUCAUAUUGCACCACACAAUUCAAAAGGAAAUCAACGUCGUAAUACAUAGGGAAGAGAAUCAAGAACCACACGAUACAAAAGUACCGGUGUCUCCUGUAAUAGAAAUACCGACUAAACCAAUGUUUACGAGCUACCUACAUUUCGCAGAAGAUAACACUGAAGAUGAAGAAGUUAAGAAAAAAUCACACGAAAGACAUAGUUUGGAAUUUAACACAGAAGUUCAGUAUGCAAAUCCCAUGAGUAUUAAUGAAGAAGAUUCUUUUGGAUGCAAAGAUUCGAGUUCUGCUAAGAUAUCUGAUAUGAGCUCUGAAAGUUUAAUAUGGUUAGCGCAUAGAUUAGGCCCCGUACUUACUUGUAGAUAUAUUACUAGGAAUUUGCUCAAAAUGCUGACCUUGUGUUAUAUUGGGAAGGAUAAUUUGGCUCCGUGUGAAAGUGAAGAAAAGGACGAAUUUGAUGAGAUCUCUAUCGUAAAUAGUAAAGUGGUAGGUGAUAAGAAUGCUAUGAAGGUUAUUAAGUGCCUCACUUCUAUAGUUGCAAUGUACGGCGAACAAUUAAUAAUAUUCCAAUACCUACCUCACAUGGGUGAACUGAUCGCUUCGUGCCGCCGUCGCUUGUCCGCGCCGUUGGAGGGCGGUGUGGUCGCUUGCUUACAACUCGUCAAAUACCUCGUACCCUUCAUGUCGGAUGUCAAAGUUAUGGAGCAAUUACAGGAUACGUUUUUGAAGACAAUUCUUCAGCCAGCUCUUCGCCUGGCUUCUACGGCUCGAUGUUCAUACCCCAGCGGUGCAGCAGCUCGUUCAUCUCUCACAAGGAAACUGUUGGAUGCCCUUCACGCUCUCGCCUUACGUAUCGGUAAAGAGAUGACCAGGCGACAUCUGUGCGUGCCGGCUCUGCAGAGAUUUUUCCUGGCGUUUGAUAAGGCCACAGGCAAGAUAGACAACUGGCCGAAACAAGAUGAAAGUACACAAGAAAAGUUAUCCGAACAAGAAUCAAAUGAAGCUAAGCUGGAAGGGUUCCUGGAAAUCUGUCGGGAUGGCACGACUGCUGAGUGGAAGGUCCAGGACGGUAGGGUGGUGCGGACGGACCUGCCCGACUUGGCCUGUACGCCUCCUGAUGUCGAACCUCCACAGGACGCGGCUAGAUUGACAGCUCAAGAAGAACUUCUAAUGGUUUUCGACGAGGAGUUAGCUUUUAAAGCUUACACUACAUUUGCGAAGUUCAUAGGAGCAGAUACCAUGGAGCGCUGUCUAAAGAACAUGGAUACCAUAAGAAUGUUAUGUCAGAAUUAUGAACAGAACCAUUCUGUAAGCUCGCCUCUACAAAUCAGCCCCGACAAACGAUUCCAAACAUCAUUCAGCGAUGAACCACUGAGCCGGAAAGACGUCACGACUAAACCGGACAUUGUCAUGGACCAUAUAUCUAGUUCCAACAGCUUUGGCUCCAACGUCACGCUGGUUGGUAACAGGAUAGAUGUCGCUAGCGAUGCAUGCGAUGUCGGACACGCUGCGCAGGGUAACGGGUUCGAUGCGGUCGCUUAUAAAAUGGAUAAUGGUGUUAAAAGUAAUAGACAUUUACGCGGCGACUGGCUGAUUUACUGGGAGCAUGAAAUCGGUCGGCCCGAUAAGGAAACACGUUUCAACCUUAAACAGAUAAAAUUGCAAACGUUUGCUGGCCACACACACACUGUCAAGAGUAUUCACUGUCUCGAUAAUGAGAACAGUUUCAUGAGCGGCUCCAAAGACAAGACUGUACGCUUGUGGUCCUUGAGGAACCAAGGCGACGGCAAUACAAUGUCACAAUGCAACUGGUCAUACACGGGCCAUAAGAAAGGCGUGCUAUCGCUCACGUUCCUAGAAUCGCUCCGCUUGGCUGUGUCUACUGACUCCGUCGUACAUAUCUGGGAUCCAUUUAUGGAAAGUGUUGUUUCUCAGUUGGACAAUAUAAAGUCACCAGUGAGCAUUGUCCGGACAUUAGCAGGCCCUUCAGCGGCCAUCUUAGCGGCUACUACAGACGCCACGUUAAGGAUUAUUGACGCGAGGGCGCCACAAAACUCAUAUGAACUUAAGUUGCCGAUGAGCGCGACGACGUUCAUCCGCUGCAUGUGCGUGUGUUCGAGCGGGGGCUGGGCGGCGUGCGGGCUGGCCAGCGGACACGUGGCCGUGCUCGACCUGCGCACCGGCCUCACGCUCGCCACCUGGAGGGCUCACGAUGGAGAGGUGCUUCGCCUGGCGACGGUUGACGAACACCGAUUAUUGAGUUCGGGGUUGGAUCAAGUUACGGCGCUUUGGAGACCAGAUGACGGCGAACUUAUAGCACACUUGAAAGGCAGCACAGAGCCUGUCCACUGUCUCGCUGUGUACUACAACGAGCUAAUAUCAGGGACAACAAACAACCGCAUUGGAGUGCACACUUCCUUAGACCAGGAUGCCUCGUUCUCAAGCACCAAGCUUCGUUCAGACACCUUCAAAGGAGUUCUAACUUGUAUGUCAGUGUUACCAUUAAAUAGAUUACUUUUAUUAGGUAGUGAUAACGGUAGUAUUAGUCUGCUUUGCUGA